GCAGCUCCCUGGGGAGAGCUCCUGCCCCCCGACCCCCCAGGACCCGGCCCCGCUGCCAGGAACCCGCUGGGGGGCCCGGGAGGCUCUGAGGACGGGGGGCGGGUGCUGGUGACGGGGCUCCACGCCUGCGGGGACCUCAGCCCGGCCCUGCUGAGCCACUUCGCCCGCAGCCCCGGCUGCCCCACAGGCUACCCCCUGAGCACCUCAGUGGCCGCGCUGCCGGGCCACCAGCUGUCCUACCGCGCACGGGAGGCCGCGUGCCACGCACUGGAGGAGUUUGAGGGGCGGCUGUGCAGGGACAGUCCCCAGCUGCGAGCCCACUGCUACCGUGCCGUGCUCGAGAGCCUCAUCUGCACCGCUGACCCCACCAAGAGGCACCUGGGCCUGCAGCCAGGCAGGAAGGCGCAUACCCUCAGCUUCUCCCAAUACGCCCACCUGGGGCUGCCUCUUGCGGGACUGGACCCAGCGGGGGUUCCGCUGGACUCGGGGGCCGUGGGGGCCAUGCUGGAGCAGCAGCACAAGGUGGUGGCAUUCUGCACCUUGGGGCAGCUUCUGGCACCUGCCGUGGAGACCCUCAUCCUGCUUGACCGUCUGCUCUACCUGCGGGAGCAAGGUUUCCACUGUGCCCUUGUGCCCCUCUUCAACCCCCGGUUCUCUCCGCGGAACCUGGUGCUGGUGGCCGCACGGACCCCGCUGGCCACAGUGCUGGCCGGGCUGGACAGGGACAGUGAGGAUAGCAGUGAGGACACAGACAGCAGCGAGGACAAGGAUCUGGGGGAAUCAGAGUCCCCCAGAGUGGGGCAGAGCCCUCACUGCCCUGGGCACAGAGCACAAUAAAGCCAGGAUUCAUAUGG